GAAGCAGUUUUCACUACAAUAAUAUGAGUAAUAAUAUAAGCCUGUACAAAUAAAACGGAUAACGCAACGUAGCUGCAAUAAAACUGUACUUUGAUUGAUUGCUUCUUUUUUAUGUUUGUUUUGUGAAGUGAUUUAUCGGAUAUUUGUGAAGAUGGGCUUUUAUUUUGAAACAAUGACACGGAAAUCGUAUUUUCAUUCCGGCUGGCGGAACUCAGUCGUCAUGUUUGUAUCGUAUGGUUACUGUGGCACUGCUGGUCAGUAGCUACGUAUUAGCACAUGUAAAUGCUUCAGUUUUUUACCCACACUGUUUUUCUUUGUCUGUAAUCAUGAACAGGACUCAGCUGAAGCGGUCCAGUAUAUUGAGGAUGGCUAUGGCCGGUUCGGAAACAAUGGACCAGGACGAACGCGGAGAGACUUUCAUACUUCGAGCUGUUAAAAUAGCCGCUGUGGUUGCACUGUACUGGUUUGUUUCAAUAACAAUGGUGUUCCUUAAUAAUUAUCUGCUGGACAACCAAGACCUGGACGCACCGUUGUUUGUCACUUUUUAUCAGUGUGUGGUGACAGUUGGACUGUGCUGGGUCAUGCAACUGCUGUCCAGAUUGUGUCCCACUGUCAUAGACUUCCCCUCGGUCAGAUUCGACAUGAAGACGUCCCGGGAGGUCCUUCCGCUUUCCAUUGUGUUCAUUUGCAUGAUCACCUUCAACAACCUGUGCCUGAAAUAUGUCGGGGUGGCUUUCUACACCGUCGGUCGCUCACUCAGCACAGUGUUCAAUGUGCUGUUGUCCUACGUCAUCCUGAAACAAACCACAUCACUCCAAGCCAUACUGUGUUGUGGGAUCAUUUUAGGUGGAUUCUGGCUUGGUGUGGACCAGGAAGGUGUGGCAGGGUCCCUCUCCUGGACAGGCGUCAUUUUUGGGGUGCUGGCCAGCGCUUUUGUCUCUCUGAACGCCAUCUACACCAAGAAGGUGAUGCCAGCAGUGGAGGGAAACAUCUGGAAACUGUCCUACUACAACAAUAUCAAUGCCUCCGUCCUGUUCUUCCCACUCCUUCUUAUCUUCGGAGAGUUGGGCCAUCUCGCCAGCUUCAGCCGCCUCAUGGACGUCAAGUUCUGGGGCAUGAUGACUCUCGGAGGAGUGUUCGGUUUCGCCAUUGGCUACGUCACAGGCCUCCAGAUCAAGUAUACCAGUCCACUCACACACAAUGUCUCAGGGACUGCGAAGGCCUGUGUGCAGACUGUUAUUGCGGUGGUGUACAACUCGUCCAGUAAAAGCCUGCUGUGGUGGACCAGUAACCUGAUGGUCCUUGGUGGCUCUUCAGCCUACACGUGGGUCAAAAGUCUAGAAAUGAAAAAGGUUCCCCUCAAAGACACUCAGGACUUAGCCAAGGAAAAACUGUUGCCAGGAGAGAAAGGCGACAUUGGAGUUUAAUUAUUGUGACUAACCUCUAAUCUUUAUCUUUUUCACGUGAGAUUGUGAAAUAAUGUAACAUUUAGAUUUUGACUGAUUAGUGGUUGAAGUAGUACACACGGUGAUUUUGGUUGGAUUUAAUGGUUGUGGUUUUGUACAGUUUGACUUUAAACUUGAAGGACAUGUAUUUAAUUUAAAGCUGUUCACAUUCAUUUGGGGCCUUUGUACAGUCAUUUUUACAAUGAAAUGACAGAAACAUAAUAAUGUGUAUUUUAUGGUGUAGUGAAGAAAAAAAAUCAUGUUUUUAUUCACUGGGAGGUUAUAUUUGCUCAGAUUGAAAGUAUUGGUGUUAUAGCGAAAUAGAAUUUUUUUAUAGCUACAUGCCAGUUUUCUGAACGUGUGUCACUAUCUUGUCAGCAUUUUUACGGUCUGACUAGGAACACGUCUGCUUUGUCAAUUGUAAACAAAGCCAAGACAACCGGAUCUGUAAUAUCCUGUAGUUGAAUCUGAAGCCUCCUGUCAGUGUCACUGGCAUACAAAAGGAUUUUCUCUCCAAAGAGUAACACACCUUCAGCAUUUUGCAAUGGAGGAACACACCUUCAGCGUUUUGCAAUGUUGCAGUCAUAAACUUUUAUGUUAUCUGUUAGAGCACAUCAUGGGUUUGAGCAUAGUCGAAUGUAAAUUUAGGCGAUGACGUAAGGACUGAGAAAAUAAAUUUGCAUCUGAAAACAAAAGUGGGACAGACUGAAAGUGAACCUUCUCCUGUUUCACGUGUUCUUGCUUUUUUAGGUCAGAGCAAUGGACAUUUACAGCACAGCUAAAAAGUCUUUUUUUUUUUGUCUUUUUUUUUGCUCUUGUGAUUCUCUCUGUGUGCCGUAUCAGGUACGUUUUUAUCAGACUGAGAAAGAGUAAAUCAUUUGUCUGCAUUCAGAAUCCGCUUUUUAAAACAUCUUUCAUCACUGUUUCAGUUUAACAAAAACAGAGCCAAAGCCCUUGAAAGAAAACAUUAAGGAUGGUGUCCACUCCAAGUUUCCAAGUUCUCCUAUGAAAGAGGAAGAUUGUGCUUUUACUGGUUAUUUAUAAGUAUGGUAUUUUGGCAUUUGUCAAAUAAAAUAUGUACAGUUUCUAUACA